AUGGCCAUGGAACAAUUUGCAGAGCAAUUUGAGACUCGCUAUACUGAAAAAAUGAGCGAGUGGGGAUUAUUGGACAAGGAGAAAUUUCUCGCCACCAAUGGAUUAAAAAAUAACUGUCCAUCAAUAGCGAAAUUGGGUCAUUGGUUGCGGGGAAAAAUUAUUUCUUAUGAGAGUCAACACUACGAAGUAGCCGAUGCUUACGAAGGAACACGAGCUAUAGUGAAAAUUCUUCGGGAUACUUUAAAUCAUAUCGAAGAAGAAAAAAAGUUAAAUCGCACUGAGGCAGAAAGGGAAGAAGAGAGCGAGUAUGAGUUGGUGGAUGAGGAGAUAGUAAAACUGGAAGCCGAAAAACAAGAAUGA